AUGCCCUUCCCGGUCCUCUCCAAAGAACCGUUUCCCCGACUCUCCCUCUCGGCGGCGGGCCUCGUCGCCCUCGCCGACCUCCAGACCAUCGCCAACCGCACCGCGCUCACGGGGACGUCCUCCUGGUUCGACGCCCUGGUCCUCGCCCCGGGCUUGCACUACCAGCAGGCGGCCGACGGCGUCGCGGGGAACGCCGUCACCGCCGAGACCUCCUCGGGAACCCCCUGCAUCUUCGGCACGCAGGCGCUCCCCGGCGGGCGGAGGAUAGACGUCCGGGUCACGAACCCGGGGAUGCUGCUCUUCCUGUCGCGGCUCGGGGACGGCGGGGUCGGCGAGAGGAUCGUCACCCUCGACGUCGGCACCCUCGGCCGCCGGGGCCAGAGGCGCGGCCGGGCCUUCGCGCACGACGCCGACGGGGAGUUUGAGCGCGCCAGCCACCUGCUCUACCUCACGACCCCGGCCCUCACCCUCGCGGCUCUGACAAUCAUGGCCUUGCUAGCGGACUGGUGGGGUCUCUCCUUGAUCCUGGCUCUCGUCGCCUCCCGCGUCCUCAAUAUCUACGUCAUCAAACAACGCACGCCCCCGCCCCCUCCCCCUCCGCCGCCGACGACCUCGCCGUCGUCCCCCGCCAAGCUCUCCGAGUAUACCGUCCCGCUCUCGCCGACGCUCAAGGUGCGCAUGCGCGGCCCGGCCGCCGACCUCGCCGCCGUGACGACCGACGCCUGGCUCCUCUCCAAGACGGCCGCGCAGGGCUACCUCGAGGCCGCGGCGAAGCUGGUCGUGUACAUGGUGGCCGUCUUCAGCGGCAACGUCUCGCAGGCGGGGAACUUCGUGCUGCUGGUGCUGCUGCUCGUCAGCGCCGGCCUGCUCGGGCUGAGCAACGGGUUCUUCAACGGCGUCCGGGCCCGGGGGCGCGUCGCCAGGGUGUGGGACGGGGACGGGCACGGAGCGAACGCGAGCGCCGGGGGACCCGGGGUAGGCAACCGACGGGACGAGGGGAACGGGGCCGGCGCGGUGGACUGGGAUGCGCAGGUGGGAAGGGUCAUCAUGGAUCCCUAUCCUUUCGAGAGAGACGUCGAGUAUUCGUAG